UGCGACUUCGGCUCCCCCGCCAACCGCAGGAUCGGUGUCUGCACCGCUCGGGACGGCGCUCCGUGCGUCUUCGGCGGUAUGGUGUACCGGAGCGGAGAGUCCUUCCAGAGCAGCUGCAAGUACCAAUGCACCUGCCUGGACGGGGCGGUGGGCUGCGUGCCCCUCUGCAGCAUGGACGUCCGCCUGCCCAGCCCUGACUGCCCCUACCCGCGCCGGGUGAAGCUCCCUGGAAAGUGCUGCGAGGAGUGGGUCUGUGAUGAGACCAAAGAGCAGACUGCCGUGGGACCUGCGCUUGCUGCUUACAGACUGGAAGACACUUAUGGUCCAGACCCAACAAUGAUGCGUGCCAACUGUCUGGUGCAGACCACGGAGUGGAGUGCUUGCUCCAAGACCUGCGGUAUGGGCAUCUCAACCAGGGUCACCAAUGAUAAUGCCUUCUGCAGACUGGAGAAGCAGAGUAGACUCUGCAUGGUCAGACCUUGCGAAGCAGACCUGGAGGAGAACAUCAAGAAAGGCAAAAAGUGCAUUCGCACCCCCAAAAUCUCCAAGCCCAUCAAGUUUGAGCUGUCUGGCUGCACCAGUGUGAAGACCUACAGAGCUAAGUUCUGUGGUGUCUGCACUGACGGGCGCUGCUGCACACCCCACAGAACCGCCACCCUCCCCGUGGAGUUCAAGUGCCCUGAUGGGGAGAUCAUGAAAAGGAAAAUGAUGUUCAUCAAGACCUGUGCAUGCCACUACAACUGCCCUGGAGACAAUGACAUCUUUGAGUCUCUGUACUACAGGAAGAUGUAUGGAGACAUGGCAUAAAGCCAGAAGGAGAAGCUAACUAGAUUCUCGACUUGAACUGAUCUGCAUCUCAUUUUGUAAACAUGAUUCAAUAGCACAAGGUAUUUAAAUCAGUUCUUUUUUUUUUUUUUUAUUUCAACAAACUGCUCCAUGUGACUUAAGACAAUUUUUCUACUGACCCCAAAUGAUGGUUUGAAGAAGAAGGUGAAACGGAUGGACAGUGGGACCACAGCAAGACACAGCUUCAGAACACAUUGUUCAUGAGGUGGUGUGAAGGGGUUAAGGGAAAUAGGCAGGAAAAGCAGAUUCAAGCAAAUGUUCCCUUAAUGUGGUACAGCGUGCUUCAUCUAGUAGUGCAAUUGAGGAGACUGUUAGCAUGUUUGCUGGUGCUGGGUUAGUAACAGCAACAGCUGGAAUGAAAACUCUCACCCAGCAAAGUGCUAAGUAGAAGGUGUUCUGUUAGUCAGGACAGUAAAGUUUCAGCUCUGACGCUCUGAUUCAUAUGGCUUGGUCAACAAGAAUCAGAAUCAUGUCUAUUAGACUGGACAGCUUGUGGCAGUUAGUUUACCUGUAACAAGCUACUCUUUAUUAAUAUUGUAAAUACUGUGUGUAUAUAUAUUUGUACAGUUAUCUAAAUUAAUUUAAAGUUUUGUGCCUUUGUUUAAUGCUUUGAAAUUUCAAUGGUAGCCUUCUUUUCUGGAACAAGAUAGGUAGGAUUUAAAGCUUGUUUUGACAAUGCAUUCAAAGCUUGAAAUACAUACUCUAGUGGAAAUUGUUCAGAUAGGGCCAAAUGGUGAGUUGAGAACAAGAUGGAGAUUGUUAGAGUUGAGGUGCCUGUAUCCUUACAAAGCAGUCAUCUGGCAAAAUAUAUUUACUUCCACUUUAUUGGACAAGUGGCUUUAAGAAAAAAGGCUCUGCUGUAGCUCAUCAGUCUUUCCACUCGAGCAUUUGUUUCUUUCUUUGACAAUGGCUCUUUUUGGACAGUUCAUUUGUUGAGAAGUGUGACCAAAAGUUACAUGUUUGCACCUUUUUAGUUGAAAAUAAAGUAUUUAUAUUUUUUAUAUAAA